CGGCUCGGAAGCGUGAACGCCGGGUUUUAUUCGCGCUUGAGCGACCUUACGGGGAAGGUCCUUGAGGUCGGCGGCGUCGGCGUCGGCCGUUAAGCCUCGUAGCGGCUCCGCAUCACGCAGAGUGAAAAGGUAAUGGCUGCAACGCUGCGUGUGCUGUACUCGGUGUCGAGGCCAGGUACUUUAACGGCUGGCCAGAAUCUGGUGAGGGCAUUCAGUGUGUCUGCCCAGAGGGAGGGGUUCAAAUAUGUGAAUGCCCAGGAGCUUUCUACAGACAUGAAGUCCAUCACAGACAGGGCCGCUCAGACGCUGCUGUGGACGGAGCUCGCCAGAGGUCUGGGCAUGACGAUGAGCUACCUGUUCAGAGAGCCUGCCACCAUCAACUACCCGUUUGAGAAGGGACCCCUGUCUCCACGCUUCAGAGGGGAGCACGCCCUGCGCAGAUAUCCGUCAGGAGAGGAGCGCUGCAUUGCCUGCAAGCUGUGUGAGGCCAUCUGCCCCGCCCAGGCCAUCACCAUCGAAGCCGAGCCUCGUGCCGACGGCAGCAGGAGGACAAGUCGUUACGACAUCGACAUGACCAAGUGCAUCUACUGUGGCUUCUGCCAGGAGGCCUGCCCUGUGGACGCCAUCGUAGAGGGUCCUAACUUUGAGUUCUCAACUGAAACUCACGAUGAGUUGCUCUACAACAAGGAGAAGCUACUCAACAACGGAGACAAGUGGGAGGCCGAGAUCGCCGCCAACAUACAGGCUGAUUACCUGUACCGAUAGGCAACACACACACACACUGUACAGACACCCUCUAACUCAGCAUCCGAUGUGCACACACACACACACACCUCCUACUGUACAUAACACCGUCUCCUUCCCUGCCUCAACUGUGCUGGAUGCCCCCCCUUAUUUUGGUCAAACACCAUUGUUGUGAUUUGAAAACAAUCACCCCGAGAUACCAAUUAUGUGACUACGAUGUGCGUCCUUUUUGAAAGGAAAUACUAUGCUGCCCGUAACGGGUCAGGUAAAUGCCGUUGGGUCAGUUGCAGAACUCGCCUCUACAGAUCUGAUGAGGUGCCCUGUUUGGAGUCUGGACUAAAUAAAAAUGUAUUUCUCCAUUUACCCUUUAGUCACUUGCAAUUCCGUUUCACUGUUUUUCCACAUUUUUCUUCUCACCCAGAUGUCUGGCGUGUUGACAAAUGGCUUUUAGGGAGUUGAGGCAGAUUUGGAGACUUUUCAUUGUCAUGACUGUUGGUUGCCAAGACCUGCAGAGUCCACAUGUUUUAGUAGGAGCUUGUUGUUGGCAAGAGAAUUGUGCAAAAGGUUAAAUACUUGUGUACUUUGAGUGAUCAAGAAAAUAAAUUAAUGUUCCGUUGUAAGUUUUCAGACAUUCAGUGAUGCAUUUUUUUUUGUACCGGGCGUAAAUGCAGAGAAAUCAAAUUCAAGGUUCAUUCAAAAUUGAAAUUUUUUUGUGUGUUUGGACGUAGAAGUAAAGCUGGAAGUUAUCUCACAGAGAGCAACACAAGUAUUUAUCUCCAUCAAACCAUCACUGAAGUUGUAUUUCAUGAACUGGAAGGUUAUCAGUUGUAACACACAUACAAGGCUCAGCGUUUUCACCAAAAUAUACCCAGAUUUUUAAAUGGAUUUUAUGUUUCCACGGACCCAAAGGCUGUUCCUGUUCGUGUGAGGUUAUGUAACAGUGUCCUCUUGUGGCGAAAUUCGGCGUGUUGGAUGGCUUUGGAAAAUAAAAACCGAAAACGCUGAGCCUUGAACACAUGUAACAGUUGAGUCCUUCAAAUCUUUGCAAGUUUUGUGGGAAUCGAACAUUUACAGCAACCCUGAAUCCAAACCACAACAAGUUAACAUGUAUAUAUUUGCAAAACACCUUAGAAAUGCAACUGUGUGCUAAUUUUAAUACAAAACAGCUUUAAGACAAAUGUGAUCGUAAUUCCCCAACGGAGGAAGGCCUGUACAUUUGUUGUCGACUCACUUUUUUGUCCCUUGAGUUGUGCUGGCAAGUGGACUCCAAUACCUCUUCUGACACCGUCUGUGCAUUUCUGUCUGACAGUAGCGAUGACUUGAGGCCCAAUACCCUUCAGCUAAUAAAGAUUUGGUUUCAACCGAACAUUACCAGUAGAUAAAUUCUGGUUUUGGGAAAUAUAUCUGAAACACUCAACAAUAUGACAACUGCCAAAACAAAUGUUACUUUAAAUCUGGGAACAUCCAUAACUCUUUUAUCUCCAAACCAACUGAAGAGGCCGUUUUCCCCAAACACUCCAUAGUCAUGACCACGGAUGAGAAGACAAAAUUUGUCGUUUGUUCAUUUGGGAUGUCUGGGUAAGGUCUAGGAUCCUUUAGUUCAAAGCUGGGACACGUACUGACAGAAGUUUCUUGGACUAUUAUGUGCACAACUUUGUCAGGCCUUAGAAUUAGGUCAGUCCUGUUUAUUCUCAAGUCAUUUGUUCCCCCAUCACAUCCCAGCAGAAGAGCUUGCUCCUACAGUGAGGAGGUGAAAGGGUGUUGAUUGACAGGUCCUUCUGGGUGAGUCUUGUCUGGCAGAGCGUGAUGAAGGUGGAAUCUUCACAGA